GCGGCGGAGCGGCGGCGGCGUGACGUCACUGCGGUUCUCCCUCGCUCCGUCCGUGACGUCAUGCCGACCGUGCUGGGCCUGGAGGGCUCCGCCAACAAGGUGGGGGCGGGGGUGGUGCGCGACGGCGCCGUCCUCAGCAACCGCCGCGCCACCUACGUCACGCCGCCGGGACACGGGUUCGCCCCCGGGCCCACCGGGCGGCACCACCGGGCCGCGCUGCUGGGGCUGGUGCGGGCGGCGCUGCGCGAGGCGCGGCUGGGCCCCGCCGACAUCGACGGCGUGGCCUUCACCAAGGGUACGGGAACCGGAACCGGAACCGGGAACGGGAACGGGAACAGAACGGGAACGGGAACGGGAACGGGAACGGGAACCGGAACGGGAACCCGGAACCGGAACGGGAACCCGGAACGGGAACCGGAACGGGAACGGGAACCGGGAGCGGGAACGGGAACCGGACGGGAACGGGAACCGGGAGCGGGAACGGGAACCGGGAACCGGAACGGGAACCGGGAAACCGGGAGCGGGAAUGGGAACGGGAGAGGGAACCGGAACGGGAACGGGAACCAGAACCGGAACGGGAACCGGAACCCGGAAUGGGAACCGGGAACCGGGAACGGGAGCGGGAACGGGAGCGGGAACCGGAACCGGAACGGGAACCGGAACCGGAACGGGAACGGGAGCGGGAACGGGAACGGGGUUUGUAGAUCCGGUAUUGAUCCGGAAAGGGACACACCCACCGGGAAAGGGACACACCCACCGGGAAAGGGACACGCCCACCGGGAAAGGGACACGCCCACCGGGAGAGGGACACGCCCACUGGGGAAGGGACACGCCCACCGGGCAGGGACACGCCUACUGGGAAAGGGACACGCCCCUGGGAAAGGGACACGCCCCCAGGGGAAGGGACACGCCCACCGGGAAAGGGACACGCCCACCUGCAGGGCCACGCCCCCCCCAGCAGGGCCACGCCCCCGGGCCACGCCCCCGCUGACCACGCCCCUUUCCCCGCAGAUCCCCAACGCUCCCAGCCCCGGGUACAACGUGGAGCAGCUGGCCAAGAGGGGGCGCCGCCUGCUGCCGCUGCCCUACGUGGUGAAGGGCCUGGACGUUUCCUUCUCGGGGCUGCUCUCGCACCUGCAGGUACCCAAAAUCACCCCAAAAUCACUUGGGGGUGACUGUGGCUCCCCUCCCCAGGAGACGGCGUUCGCCAUGCUGGCCGAGGUCACCGAGCGCGCGCUGGCGCUGACCCGGGCGCGGCACCUGCUGCUCGUGGGGGGCGUGGCCUGUAACCACCGGCUGCAGGAGAUGCUACAGAGCAUGUGCAGAGCCCGGGGGGCGGAGCUCUGCCCCAUAGACGACAGGUAUUGCGUCGACAACGGCGCCAUGAUCGCCCAGGCCGGCUGCGAGAUGCUGAGGGUGGGGCAGGUGACCGAGCUCGGCCAAUCGGGGAUCACGCAGAGGUACCGGACGGAUGAGGUGGAGGUGACCUGGAGGGAUUGAGGUGGCCACGCCCCUGGAGGCCACGCCCACUUAAUAAAAGAGUCCCCACCCCCUCA